UCCGGCAGGUAUUUCCAACAUGGAGUCGAGCGGACUGAAGAUGAGUUUCUGGGAGAGCGGACCAAAGCCGGGACAGUUUUACUCUUUCCCCGGGAGCAGCGGGCCGGACACGUCCUGCGGGCCGGUCAGACACACACUUAACCCCAUGGUAACCGGGACGUCUGUGCUCGGCGUGAAGUUCACCGGCGGCGUCAUCAUCGCAGCAGACAUGUUGGGCUCGUACGGCUCGCUGGCUCGCUUCAGGAACAUCUCGCGUCUCAUGAAGGUGACGUUCGCUGCUUACACACCGUAACUGUCAUAAAAGCAU